CACAUGAAAAUACAAAUCGUUUUUGUAGUUGAGUGAGAGAAGUGAAUUCUCACAUCAGCUGCCACACCGCCACUAUAAAUUACAGACCGAAGCAGAAAAACUAUACUCACUCUGUCUCAAUCAAGCUCGCAGGUGACCGUAUCCCAAUAACCCCACCAUUUUCUCUCUCGCCCGCUCUCACCGCUGUCUCAAUUCUUCCCUCAUUCUCACUUGCUGUUCUUCUCAGUGGUGUUGCCAGAAAUGGCCAGCUUGGUCGAGAGACUGCGGGUUCGAUCUGAUCGGAGGCCCAUUUACACCCUUGACGAGUCCGACGAGGAGGCUGAUUUCGUGAAAAGGAAAUCUGGGGUCGGCCCUUCUUCUGAUAAUUUUGAGAGAUUUCAACGCCCCGAUGUGAAGGAAGGUUUAUGUCAAAGUUGUGGAAAAGAUGAUGAUCUUUGGAGCUGUGAAACAUGUACCUAUUCUUACCAUGCCAAGUGCUUGCUGCCAGUACCAAGAGGUCCUGUUCCUAGCAGCUGGAAAUGUCCUGAAUGUGUGGGCCAUCUGAUUGAGCUUGAUAAGAUACUUGACUGUGAGAUGCGCCCAAGCACUGUGGAUGACAGUGUUGCAUCUGAGCUCGGCUCUAAUCAAGUUAUGAUGAAACAUUAUUUAGUAAAAUGGAAAGGACGGUCCCACCUUCACUGCGUAUGGGUGCCGGAGAAGGAAUUUGUGAAGGCAUACAAGUCUAAUCCUCGUCUAAGAACUAAAGUAAACAACUUCCACAAACAAGCUUCUUCAUCUAAUAACGCUGAUGAUGAAUUUGUUCCCAUCAGGCCGGACUGGACAACUGUGGAUCGGAUUAUUGCUUGCAGGGAAGUUGAACAUGGGAAAGAAUAUCUUGUGAAGUGGAAGGAGCUUCCAUAUGACGAAUCCUCAUGGGAAGUGGAAUCUGACAUUGCAUCAUUCCAUAGUGAAAUUGAGAAGUAUGACAGAAUUCAGUCUCAGAAGGUGUCUGCAGGAAAACAGAAGAGCAACCUUCGUGAUGCCAUGGAAGUAAAGAAUAAGCACAAAGAGUUCCAGCAGUGUGAGAGCAGCCCUGAUUUUCUUUCUGGAGGUUCCUUGCACCCAUAUCAGCUUGAAGGGCUGAAUUUCUUACGUUUUGCUUGGUCCAAACAGACCCAUGUGAUACUUGCUGAUGAAAUGGGACUUGGUAAAACAAUACAGAGUAUUGCCUUCUUAGCAUCCCUUUUUGAGGAGAAUAUAUCUCCUCAUCUUGUGGUUGCUCCUCUUUCAACAUUGAGGAACUGGGAACGUGAGUUUGCCACAUGGGCUCCUCAUAUGAAUGUUGUGAUGUAUGUUGGCACUUCCCAAGCACGUACAGUUAUCAGAGAAUAUGAAUUUUACUAUCCCAAAAAUCACAAGAAGAGCAAGAAGAAGAAAACUGGUCAAUCUGUCAGUGAAAGCAAACAUGAUCGAAUAAAAUUUGACGUGCUUCUGACGUCUUAUGAAAUGAUUAACAUGGAUUCAACAUCUCUGAAGCCUAUAAAGUGGGAAUGCAUGAUUGUUGAUGAAGGCCAUAGACUUAAAAAUAAGGAUUCAAAAUUGUUUUCUUCAUUGAAGCAAUACUCUAGCAGACAUCGUGUCCUGCUCACUGGGACUCCUCUUCAGAACAACUUAGAUGAGCUUUUCAUGCUUAUGCAUUUCCUUGAUGCUGGGAAGUUUGCAAGCUUAGAGGAUUUCCAGGAGGAGUUCAAGGAUAUCAAUCAGGAGGAACAAAUUUCUAGGCUUCACAAGAUGUUGGCUCCACAUCUCCUCAGAAGAGUGAAGAAAGAUGUCAUGAAGGAGCUGCCCCCUAAAAAGGAAUUAAUACUUCGUGUCGAAUUGAGUAGCAUGCAGAAAGAGUACUACAAAGCCAUCUUAACUCGUAAUUAUCAGAUACUAACUCGCAAAGGAGGUGCCCAAAUUUCCCUUAUAAAUGUGGUGAUGGAACUGCGCAAGCUUUGUUGUCAUCCAUUUAUGUUGGAGGGCGUCGAACCAGAAGAUACUAAUGAGUUUAACAAGCAACUGUUGGAAUCCUCUGGAAAAUUGCAACUCUUGGACAAGAUGAUGUUAAAACUCAGAGAGCAGGGCCACAGAGUUCUGAUAUAUUCUCAGUUCCAGCACAUGUUGGACUUACUAGAAGAUUACUGUAACUAUAGGAAAUGGACAUAUGAGAGGAUUGAUGGAAAAGUCGGUGGAGCAGAAAGACAAGUUCGCAUUGAUAGGUUCAAUGCGAAGAAUUCAUCAAGAUUUUGUUUUCUAUUAUCAACUAGAGCUGGGGGUUUAGGGAUAAACCUUGCUACUGCUGACACAGUCAUUAUAUAUGACAGCGACUGGAAUCCUCAUGCAGAUCUACAGGCAAUGGCAAGAGCUCACCGUCUUGGUCAAACCAAUAAGGUAAUGAUUUACAGACUAAUAACACGAGGAACCAUUGAAGAAAGGAUGAUGCAGAUGACCAAAAAGAAAAUGGUUUUGGAACAUCUAGUUGUUGGAAGGCUCAAAGCUCAAAACAUUAACCAGGAAGAAUUAGAUGACAUUAUUAGGUAUGGCUCAAUGGAGUUGUUUGCUGAUGAUAAUGAUGAAUCAGUAAAAUCUCGUCAAAUCCAUUAUGAUGAUACUGCAAUUGAUCGAUUACUUAAUCGAGAUCAAAUUGGAGAGGAAGAGGUGUUAGAUGACGAAGAGGAGGAUGGAUUUUUAAAAGCUUUUAAGGUAGCCAACUUUGAGUACGUUGAUGAAGCAGAAGUGGCAGCUGAAGAGGAGAUAGCUGCUCCACCAUCAGAAAGUAAAGCUUCUGUAAACAAUCCUGAGCGGGCAAACUAUUGGGAAGAUUUGUUGCGAGAUAAAUACGAAGUGCACAAAGUAGAAGAAUUUAACGCUAUGGGCAAGGGAAAGAGAAGCCGCAAGCAGAUGGUAUCUGUUGAAGAAGAUGACCUUGCUGGUUUGGAAGAUGUAAGUUCUGAUGGGGAAGAUGAUAAUUAUGAAGCUGAGUUAACAGAUAAUGAGACAGCUUCAGCUGGAGCUGCUGCUGUAAAGAAACCUUACAGAAAAAGAUCGCGUGACACUUCAGAAAAACUUCCUCUCAUGGAGGGUGAAGGAAGAUACCUUCGAGUACUUGGGUUUAAUCAGAGUCAGAGGGCUGUGUUUGUCCAAAUUUUGAUGAGAUUUGGUGUUGGAGACUAUGAUUGGGCAGAGUUCGUUGCACGUCUAAAGCAGAAGUCCUUUGACGAAAUCAAUGAUUAUGCGAAACUUUUCUUGGAGCACAUGUGUGAAGAUAUAAAUGACUCCCCUACAUUUUCAGAUAAUGUACCCAAAGAGGGACUGAGAAUAGAGGAUGUACUCGUCAGAAUAGGAACACUAAGUCUCAUCAGGGACAAAUUAAAGGUGUUGUCAGAGGGCUCUACUCUUUUCAAGGAUGAUAUUAUAUCCCGCUAUCCAGGAUUGAAAGGAGGGAGAGUUUGGAAGGAGCACCAUGAUAAGUUGCUUUUGCGAGCAGUAAUGAAACAUGGUUAUGGAAGAUGGCAAGCAAUUGUUGACGACAAGGACUUGAGAAUACAAGAAGUGAUCUGUCAGGAGUUGAACCUUCCUUUUAUAAAUACACCUGCCGUAGGAGCUGCUCAAGUGCAGAAUGUUACGGGGAAUUCUCAGGUCCAGGUCUCUGCUUCUGGAGUUCCUCCGCCUCAAGUUCCCAACCCGGGACUUUCUCAGUCAACAAAUGGUGUGAACUCAGAACAUGUUGAAGCACCUGGAAAUGAGACAAAAGGGACUACUGCAGGGAGCGAAGCUGCUGCUGAUAUUGUGCCUGGAGCUACUGAUACUAGUACUACAGCCCGAUCCCAACUUUUUCAAGACCAGUCCAUGCUGUACCAUUUUAGGGAGAUGCAGAGAAGACAGGUUGAAUUUAUCAAGAAAAGGGUUCUGCUUCUAGAGAAAGGUCUGAAUGCAGAGCUCCAGAAAGAUUAUUAUGCUGAUGAGAAGCCAAAUGGAGCUCCAAAUGAGUACACUGCGCGUAAGGUCACAGAUGCAGAAAAUCCAUGUUCCGAGGCAGUAGAUACCAAAAUGAUUGAUCAGUUGCCCAAAGUUGAAAUAAUUUCUCCUUCAGAAAUCUCGAUAUGUGCGUGUGACACAAAACCAGAGCGCUUAGACAUGGCUAGGCUCUUUAACGAGAUGAGCAUGAUAGUGAAGGACAAUGCGCCAGAUUCAGGUGAAGCAUAUGCAAGUAUGGAAUUGAGAAAAAAGCUUGGCCCCCUCAAAGAUAUGAGUGAAGAGAUAAACCAGAUACUCUCACUAGUCCAGCCCGUCGCAGAUAGCAGCCAGGCCAUGGAUAUAGAGCCAAGUAAUGCUAAUGUGGCGGAUGCUGCUGCAGAAGCAGAAGCAUUUGGUAAUGGAUCUGACCAUAUAAAAAUGGUGGAGAAAUCAAACCCUUAGGCUUAGUUGGUGGUUUUGAGAUUGUUGUAUGUACAACUAAAUUACAGUCUUUUGUCUGUCUGUUUGUCUGUAAUCUUUAACUACAGUUACGGUGGUAAUAGUCUACAGUAAAUCCCUUGAAAACACCUAUUCAGUUUCCA